AUGGAUAUCACUGCCUCUUCAUUCUACGACCUCCUACCCGAAAUCCUGUCCCGACUGUCCGAUUGCUGUUUUGUCGCCCUGGACUUGGAAUUCUCCGGGAUCCCGAUCUCGCCUAGAAAAAGUAACGAGAAACAGUCGCUGCAGGAGCGGUACGCAGAAAUCAAGCAAUGUGCCGAGAAAUACCAGAUCCUCCAAGUCGGUCUGACCAUCGUCCAUGAGGAUGCGGAGAAAGGACAGUACCUUCUGAGACCAUACCAUUUAUACUUGAAUCCAAUCGUCGAUAGCGGGCUGGAUCUACAGAGAGACUUCACGCUCCAAAGCAACGCAAUGCGCUUCCUCUUCAAGCAAAAUUUCUCCAUGAGUUCUGUGUUCGACCGGGGAGUCGGCUAUCUCUCGUCCGAGGAAGUCAAUCAAGCCGUGGCCAGAGCCAUGCAAAAGGAUGGUCUUCCCGCGACACGUCAGACGCUGAAGGUGGGCGACAGCGAACCGGAAUCCAUCGCCUUUUUGAAUACGGUGCGGACUCUGGUGGACCAAUGGGUUGGCCAUAGCAAUGUGCAAAAGAAGCUGGUCCAUGGGCUGAUCGAGAUGGAGUACCCAUAUCUGACCGCAACCGCUAUGGGUCCAUUCAUUCAGAUCUGUCAACGCGACGAGAAACGGGAGGCAGCCCAAAAUGCGAAUCGAGUGACGGAAAAGAUGCAGCAGAUCUGCAAAUCCAAGGGAUUUGGAUGGCUGGCCGAGGCGUUAGUUGGCGGGGAUCUUUCCGAUCUCGACCCGAGCUGUUUCCAGAGUGACAUGGGAGUUGGCCGUUCCUUGGCUAAAGUAACAAAGGCUGCGGACGUGGUGAAGCAGGAUCUGCGCACCAACCAGUUUCUGCUGGUAGGCCAUAACCUGUUCGUGGAUUUGGUCUACUUCUGUCGAUGCUUUGUUGGCCCAUUGCCAGACAGUGUGGCGGACUUUCAGGUGAUGGCACGGAGCCUGUUUCCCCGGGUGGUUGAUACCAAAUACCUGGCGACGCAUAGCUGCGGCGACCUCAAUCCGCCGUCCUCGCUCGGCGAAGUCCAUCAAAAACUCCUCCCCAUCAGGGCGCCUAUGAUUGUGUUGCACGAAUACUACCGAAAGUACUGCAGGGCGCCAGCAGAGCACGAAGCGGGCUAUGAUAGCUUGCUGACGGCGGAGGUCUUCCUCAAACUAUCCGUCCAGCUUCGAGACACGAUGCCCAGAAUGUCAUCGGAGGAGCUGCACCACAUGUUCGCUACUAAUCUCCGCAUGGAGGAGUCCUAUGGCUACGGGCGACCGAGUCGGUCACCGCAAUUGACCGACUGCUCGGAGGCCCAUGCCAAGGUGGACAAGGGCGAACUGAUCCCACGCCCGGGUGCACUUUUCUGGGAGCGUUAUAGCAACCGGCUGCGAGUGUUUGGCACUCGCGAGAGAAUCUGCCAACAAAAAGAGACGACGCUGGUCCGCCGCAGCUACGCCACGGCGACGACGCCCUCCCCCGACACGACCGCGCCCGUCUACCCCGUCGUGAAACCGACAUACACGAUCAACGCCGGCGUGGUGCUGUCCCGCCCCCCGCAGAUCACGCGCGACCUGCACCCGUUCGAGAAAGCCUACCACUUCUACCAGCGCCGGCUGAACGAGCGCCUCGCCCUGCCCUUCACCAAGUACUUCUACUUCAAGCGGGGGACGCCCGCCGACGAGGACUGGAAGCGCAAGAUCAAGGAGCGUCAUACCCCCGCGCGGGACAUCGGCAACUACAACGCUUACUCGCCCGACGCGUGGAACGACGAGCUGCUCGUUGGCGCUGCCGAGUCGGACCCUGCUUAUCAGGCGGAGAUGCUCAUCCGCGACGCCGAGGAGACUGUCAAUGCUACGUCGCAGGAUACGAGCAAGCGCGAGGAGAUCCCGCGUCCUUAUCCGCGUGUGACGGAGGCGGACGAGAAGGGUGAUUUCCGUAGCUUGAACCGCGCGCUGCAGCGGACGCUGUAUUUCGUUGUGCGGGAUAAGUUUGGGCAUUGGAGGUUUCCUCGCUCGCCUGUUGAGCAGGACGAGACGUUGCGAUUGGCUGCUGAACGUACCCUGACCCAAACGGCCGGCGUCAACAUCAACACCUGGAUGGUGGGAUACCACCCGGUCGGACACCACGUCAAGACCUACCGCCGGCCGACGGACACGGGCCUGCAGGGCGCCAAGACCUUCUUCAUGAAGGGUCGUAUCAUGGGCGGACAGGCCGAUCUGUCGGGGAACAACCAGGAGCUGCAGGAUUUCCGGUGGUUGUCCAAGGAGGAGAUUGGACAGCAUGUGGUGGAUCAUUAUUACAGCAGUGUCAAGAAUAUGCUUGCUGAUCGGUAG